AUGGGUUCCGAUUCGGGUUUGGAGGUCGGUCCAGCCAUAAAUACGAAUAAGCAAGGAGAUCUAGAAGGAAAUUUCGAACUGAAAGACUUGACUGGCAGUCAUAACGGUUCCAGAUGUUCGAGUUCGACGUUUGAUCCUGAGUUUGAAGAAGCUCACAGCGAUGAGGAAGAGAAAAGCCCAAGCUUUCUGAGGUCUCGUAGAGCCAGCGCCUCGACACUGCAGAGCUCCAUGCUUUACACCCCAGAUGAAGAGAAAUCCGUCAUCAGGAAGUUCGACCGUCGAUUGGUCUUGUUUGUGGCUCUUUUGUACAUGCUCUCCUUCCUCGACCGAUCCAAUAUUGGAAAUGCGAGGAUUGCCGGUUUGUCAGAGGAUUUACAUCUAAGCUCAUUGCAAUAUGAAUGGCUACUACGUGCUUUCUAUAUCACUUACAUUCUUUUCGAAUGGAUGACUCUGUUGUGGAAAGUGUUUCCCCCCCAUAUCUACCUCUCUGUAUGUGUAGCAUCAUGGGGUCUCAUUGCCUCAAUGCAAUCUGUGGCUUUCUCGUUCAUAUCCUUAUUCAUUCUACGGGCAGCCCUUGGGAUAGGAGAGGCAGCAUUUGUUGGUAUUCCAUUUUUCAUGUCGUUCUUCUACCAAUCAGAUGAAUUGGCCUUCAGGACCGGCCUGUUCAUCUCCGCGGCACCACUGGCCACAUCAUUCGCCAGCAGCUUGGCCUGGGUGAUCACCAAAAUAGGGAACCAUGUUCCUAUCGCCGACUGGCGCUUAUUAUUUCUAGUGGAAGGCUUUCCUAGUGUUUUCGUCGCAGUUUUCGUGUUCCUGUACAUACCGGACAACCCUGAGACAGCUAGAUACUUGACUCGAAGGGAACAGAAGGUGGCUAAAUUACGACUUCGUAAGGAGACCGCAGGGAGAGAAGCUGGGAAAGGGGGUCUGAAGUGGAGCGAAAUCCGGGAGACCCUCAUUGAUCCCAAGAGUUUUCUUACAGCUGCAAUGUUUUUCUGCUCCAACGUAGCUUUCAGUUCCUUGCCGGUCUUUCUGCCAACCAUCAUCAAGGAGAUGGGCUACUCGGCUCUCACCUCACAAGCUCUUUCCGCGCCACCCUACCUCGCUGCUUUCUUCACCGUCCUAUCGACAGCAUACUACUCUGACCGUUACCGCACACGCAGCGCCUUCGUCAUCUUCCACGCUUUUCUCGCUUCCUUCGGCUACGCAAUGAUGGCAAUCGCGGGUUCCGUAGAGGCCAGCGCCAAAUGGCGCUAUAUAGGCGUCUACCCCGCAGCUAUGGGUUUCUUCUCGGUUGUUACGAUCGUUAUCACCUGGACCAUAAAUAACCAAGAUUCGGAUUCCAAGAAAGCCACCGGUGUCGCCAUGCUAAAUUACAUCGGGCAACUAGGACCUUUGGUUGGAGUGCAUUUGUAUCCAGAUAGCGAUCAGCCGUAUUAUGUGAAGGGCAUGGCCAUCUGUGCGUGCUUCAUGGCGACUGUUGCGGUUCUAGCAUUAGCGCUCAGGUGGAUACUAGACAUUAAGAAUCGGAGGAUGGCCGCUGAAGACUCAAAGGCCGAUGGAGAAGACGAGGGUCUUGUUGUACAAAAUGGGACAGAUCGAGGGAGACGACAAUUCAUGUUCAUGUUGUGA